AUGGCGUCCUUUUUUAUUCAUCCAACAGCGAGUUUCAAUACUGUCACAUUUGAAUUUUAUGAAACCGACUACUCAGACUUCUUAACCCAAGUGCGAAAUCAACUCGCUAGCUCGGUGAAAACAUGUGAGAUACAGACAACGCCAAGUAAUCCAGCAAUAGGCAAUGUGUUUAAGGAUAUUAAAGCAACUGAAGCUAAGGAGCUAUUUCCUAAUGCAGCAACAACAGUAACCUUUUCUUUUAGUAGCAGUUAUUCUGAUCUUGAGCGACCAUCAAUUUCGGGCACCAAUAGAGCGACAAUUGAAUUAACAUUUGAAAGCCUAUAUGGUGACGUUGAAGCCAUUGCUGGCCAAAAAUCUGUACAAAAUAAAGUGGUGGCUAAGUUCUUUUUAAGAGCUACCCAAUUCGUGUCUGAAGCGGCACGUUUCAAGUUUAUUGAAACUGCCAUUGAGAAUCAAGCAAUUACACCAGAAUUUAGGAAUAAAAUGAUAAGCUAUGAGAAUGCGUGGGAUAAUAUAUCUCAAGAAAUUCACACAGCAGCGUCCGAAACUAAUUGCGGGCGUUUUGAAAAACCAAUUACUGUCAACGGCCACAAGUUGGAAUAUGUCAAGGAUGUGAAAGGGGAUAUGAGCCUCAUUAAAUACAAAACUAAGAAGAAAGCCGCAAAUAGUUCUACUCUGUAA